AUGCCCAAGGGGAUCGUCGACGUCGCCGUCGACCUUGGUACAAGCCGCACCGCCAUAGGUAUCUCCAUUCCGGGAAGAUCGGAAAACGAAGUCACCGUGUGCACCCCCAACGGCAGCGGGCAUUGCCGAUCUGCGCAGUUGAAGACGGAGACCGCUGCCCUCCUCGAGGCCAAGCACCCUCAUGGUCUCCUGGCCUUCGGCAAGACUGCCCGGGAGCGCUUUAUCAAGGAUGCUCAACGCGAUGAGGAUGGCGGCGGUUGUACCGGCCGCCGUACCACCUCAGGGGCUCCGAACAUGCUUUUCCGUUUCUUUAAGACAGAGUUGUGCAAGAACAGCGGGUACACUUCAGUCGACCAACCCGUGGCUACCGCCGAGGGCGGAGAAACGCUCCCCCUCAUGACCGUCAUGACUGCGGUUCUUCGGCACAUCAAAGAAGACGUGCUCGCGCACCUGUCGCAGCGCCUUGAGGUGGACCCAACCGUUGCAGACGUGAACUGGGUGGUGACUAUCCCGGCCAUCUACGACGACUUCGCCAAGCGCUUCAUGCGCGUCUCUGCCCACCGGGCUGGUAUCAUCAGCGCGGUGGACGAUGCCUCGCAGCUUCAGCUUUGCCUCGAACCAGAGGCGGCGUGCCUGGCCGUCAGCAUCAAGGAGGCACCCCUUCUCGCCAAGGCUGGCAUCAAGCUCAUGAUAGUGGAUUGCGGAGGUGGCACGGUGGACAUCACCACCCACUCCGUGGAGUCCCGCCGUCCGUUGAAGCUGAAGGAGCUGGCCACGCCGACCGGGGGGGAGUGGGGGUCGGUAUGCGUGGACAGCAUGUUCAUGGUGUGGCUUCGGAAACUCUUUGGUGCCACAGCCUUUGCUCGCGUUCGUACCACCUGGGCAUUCUACUCCCUGAUGGACUACUGGGAGGAAGCCAAGACGGCGUUUCAAGGCAAAGAGGAUGAGGAUGUAUCGCUCAACAUGGUUGACGUGGUGAUGGAGCUAGGGUUCGACAAAGGGAAGCUGGCGGAGCUUGUGGCUGCCCACAACCACGACCUCGAGCCCACCCAUCACCUCACCCGGAUGAACCACUACAUCGACCUGCCGUCUGGCCUGGUGCGAACGUUCUUCGCUCCGACGAUCGACAAGAUCGGCAACUGCCUCAGGAGUCUCAGGGGAAAGCCGUUACUCAGAGACCUCAAGUACGUAUUUCUCGUGGGUGGGUUCUCUUGCUGCCCCCUCGUCCAGCAAGCCGCGCGUGCCGAGCUGGACCGUGGCGGGUGCCGUGUCAUCGACGUUGAUCGGCGAGAGUUGGCAAUCGUCAGAGGGGCUACAAUCUUCGCGAGCAACCAGCUUGCGUUCUCGCGCAUAGCCAAACUCACGUACGGCGUCAAGUCUACCUGCAUCUAUGACUCCAGCAACGCCGAGCACGUCAAGCGCCGUUCAAGCCCCCCCAUCUGGGAUUCGGCCGGCAAAGAAGUCAUUGACGCUUUCUCGACCCAUAUCAAGAGGGGUGCAUACGUGCCUUCCGACGGCACGUGUACAAGGCGCUGCUAUGGUCCGUUGCGCCCGAACCAAACCACGGUUUCUUUCCAGAUACUGGCCUGCCACCACACGGACAUCGAGUUCCCUGACACGGAUUCAACAUUCCCUCUCGGUGAAGUUACUGUAAACCUGGACAUGAGAGCAAGCUUUGAGGACCGUGGGAUCGCGGCCGAGUUUGUCUUCUGCGAGUCAGAGUUCCUCCUGAGGUGUUUCCGUGGGACGACGGGAGAGAGGGUGGCAGAGGUUGAAAUGAGCCUUGUUCAGGAGGUGCAGGAGAUGUGA